UAGCCUUACAAUGGAGUUUACCAACCAGUUAUGCAAGUGUGUCCAAUUGGCAUUAGUGAUCCUUAUGUUGGGAGCCUGGUCAUCUGAAGCCACCUCACGCAGUCUCCAAGAUGUAUCAAUCUUUGCAAGAUAUGAGCAAUGGAUGACUCGCUAUGGACGCGUGUACAACGACAUUAACGAGAAGAACAAGCGAUUCAAUAUAUUCAAAGAGAAUGUCGAAUAUAUAGAUUCUUCCAACGUUGUAGGAGGCAAACUUUACAAAUUGAGUGUGAACCAAUUUGCAGACCUUACAAAUGAAGAAUUUACAGCCUCCAGAAAUCGGUUUAAGGGCCAUGCAUGUUCCACAAAGACCACUACUUUCAGGUAUGAAAAUGCUAGCGUGCCGGCUACAAUAGACUGGAGACAAAAAGGAGCUGUAACACCAAUCAAGGACCAAGGCCAAUGUGGUUGCUGUUGGGCGUUCUCAGCUGUGGCAGCCAUGGAAGGAAUUACUCAACUUACAACUGGUAAAUUGGUUUCUUUGUCCGAGCAAGAGCUAGUUGACUGUGAUGUCAAUGGUGAAGACCAAGGCUGUGAGGGAGGCUUAAUGGAUGAUGCCUUCCAAUUCAUUACUCAAAAUCACGGACUAAGUACCGAGGCCAAUUAUCCCUACACCGGUGUCGAUGGUACAUGUAAUGCUCAGAAGGAAGCAAGCCAUGCAGCCUCGAUAUCUGGCCACGAAGAUGUGCCUGCAAACAGUGAAAGUGCACUAGCUAAGGCUGUUGCCAAUCAACCAAUUUCUGUUGCCAUUGAUGCUAGCGGAUCUGACUUCCAAUUCUACUCUAGUGGUGUUUUCACAGGAACCUGUGGAACGAGCCUAGACCAUGGUGUUACUGCUGUUGGUUAUGGAAUCGGUGAUGAUGGAACUAAGUAUUGGUUGGUGAAGAAUUCAUGGGGUGCAGAAUGGGGAGAAGAAGGUUACAUAAGAAUGCAAAGAGAUGUUACUGCACAGGAGGGCCUUUGUGGUAUUGCCAUGGAAGCCUCUUACCCCACUGCGUGACAUGCCGUCCGUCAAAAUGAAAUGAAUAUAUACCAGCUUGUGUAUGAAAACGUACGUACAUAUAAAUCGUUGCUUGUUAUAGGGCUAAUGUAAAAGCUACCAUGUUUGUCAAAAGAAACUAGCCUUAAAAAUACAAAAUGAAGAACCAGCUGGUUCACUAUUUAGUUAAAUUAUCCGAUUAUAAUAUGUAUGUCCAAUUACAUUGUUCUAUA